AUGCUGAAUUCGCCCACGGGCUCCGUCCAUAAUGGGAUCCACAGCCCUGGGGAGUCGCUUGAUCUAGCGGAUGGGGACGUGAAGGGGGCAUUUUUUUCCGGGGGCCUGGAUCUAACUACCGGAGAUGGGUCCUCCUCAUCGGCUGCUGGAUCUCCUGAGACAUUAUCAGGACAGUCUAUGCUUCCUCAUCGUACAGGCUCUGGCAACAGAAUAGAUUUCCAGACGAUAGCUUGUAAAAUAUGUGGAGACAGAUCUUCAGGUGUACACUAUGGAAUCAUCUCAUGUGAGGGAUGCAAGGGUUUCUUCAGGAGGUGUCUAAGGAGACAGAAGGAGUAUGUAUGUGUUCGGGGAGGAAAAUGUGAGAUCAGUAGACAGCAUAGAAACAGAUGUCCUGCCUGCCGCUACAAGAAGUGCCUUGAACUUGGAAUGUCCAAAGAUGCUGUGAGAAUCGGCAGAAUUCCCAACAAGCAGAAGGAGACGGAGUUCGUCGACAUCGAGCCCUACAUCUACGAGGAGAUCAAAGACGAUGAGGACUUCGAUCCUUUCAAGGACAUCAAGGUUGAUGCCGAGACAGAGGAGCUCAUCGUUGCCGUCAGGGACGCCCAUCACAGCACAGCAAAGUUCUAUCCCGAGUUCGAUGACUUCAGGGAGGGAAGAUGGGAGAAAGAUGCAGAGGAGAUGAAGAGAGAAGCCGAGAGACUUUCAAUUGAUGGUAUGGAUGGUAUUCAGAUGUGGUGCUCUGUGGUCACUCAGGCUUUAGCAGCGUAUAUCAAGAGAAUCGUAACCUUCUGCAAACACAUACCAGGUUUUGCAUUGUUAUGCCAGCAAGACCAGAUGGUCCUCGUCAAGUCUGGCCUCUUUGAGAUCCUCACCAUCCAGGACUCCAUUGAACUGAUCCUCUACGAUGCCUUUGUGCUCAAUGAGGACAUCCGCAUCUCCAAGGAGAACAUCAUGAAGUUCAUGCCGGUGGAGCUGUAUCAGGGUAUCUACACCUUUGCAGAGAGGAUCAACAUGAAGCUUAGACUGACCAGGCCGGAGAUCGCACUUCUGUCGGCAGUUGUGCUCUUCGCAGAUGAUCGAGAAGGUCUUCAAGACGUGAUCAGCGUAAGCCGCAUCCAAUCCCGCCUCCUGACAGCCCUGCACAUCGAGGUCCUCCGCAACCAUCGCUCCGACCCGCACAUGUUCGCCAAGUGCCUGCUGCUCCUACCCAUGCUCAGGACGGUGGACGACUUUCACAACCAGUUCAUCAUCAGGCUCAAGCUCGGAAGCAGCAACCUGCCAAUGUCCGAGCUCUACAAGGAGGUCUACGACCUGGGCACCUUCGGCAAUGGCCAUCGCACCCAAAGCGAGGACAGUGGCGGCGCAGCCACGAAAAGCAUCCAGGACGAUGACGAAGUCAAGAUGUGCAAGAAGAAGGCAGCGGCGGUGUCUGCCGUUGCCGCCGCAGCAACCGCUCUACCUCCAACCAUCUGCGAGAUGAAGCAGCAGGCCAUGUGCGGGCGGAAGCAGCAAGCCAUGCGGGAGCUGUCGCAGCAGUCAGUCUACGGCAACGUCGUGAUCAAGGAAGAGAACGACACACGACUGAUGGCGCAUUGUUCAAUGUAGCA